GCUGUGCAGACUAACCAUACAUCUGAGUAGGAGAUAUUUACAUGGCGUUAAAACUGUGGGACUUUAAAUUAACAGUUAAAAAUGACAAGGAAAUUGUGCAUGGGAAUUCAAACAUAACAAAUCAGUUUUGCAGACUCUGUCAAGAUAUUUAAGAAGUGGAGCAAGGGAUUCAAUCAACCAUCCUUCCUGUUCAGACUGUGGGAAGGGAUUCACUUAAUCAUCUGACUGACUGGCAUGCCUGUCAUUUUACACAGGAGAGGCCAUUCACCUGCUCAUUAGACAGUGGGAAUGGAUUCACUCGGUCAUCUGAACCGAAGGUACAUCAGCAAGUUCACACUGGGCUGAUAUGUGUGUUCACCUGUUCUGUGUGUGAGAAGGGAUUCAGUCGGUCUUCCAACCUGUGGACUCACCUGACAGUUCACACUGGGCAGAGUCUGGUCAUCUGCUGAAUUUGUAGGGAAGGAUUCACUUGGUCAUCUGACCUAAUGGCUCACCAGCGAGUUCACACCGGGGAGCGGCCGUUCACCUGCUCAGACUGUGGGAAGGGAUUCACUUGCUCAUCUAAACUGAAGGUACAUCAGCGAGUUCACACUGGGGAGAGGCCGUUCACCUGCUCAGAUUGUGGGAAGGGAUUCACUCGGUCAUCUGAUCUACUGACACAUCAGUCAGUUCACACUGCAGAGAGGGAUUUCUCCUGCUCAGAUUGUGGGAAGGGAUUCACUCAGUCAUCCUACCUACAGAGACACCAGUCAGUUCACACCGGGGAGAGGCCAUUCACCUGCUCAGACUGUGGGAAGACAUUCACUCAGUCAUCCCACCUACAGAUUCACCAACGAGUUCACACUGGGGAGAAGCUGUUCACCUGCUCAGACUGUGAGAAGGGAUUCACUCAAUCAUCCAAACUACUGGCACACCAGCGAGUUCACACUGGGGAGAGGCCAUUCACCUGCUCAGACUGUGGGAAGGGAUUCACUCAGUCAUCCUCCCUAUUGGCACACCAUUCAGUUCACACUGGGGAGAGGCCAUUCACCUGCUCAGACUGUGGGAAGGGAUUCACUCGGUCAUCUGAUCGACUGAGACACCGGUCAGUUCACACUGGGGAGAGGCCAUUCACCUGCUCAGUCUGUGGGAAGGGAUUCACUCGGUCAUCUCAUCUACUGAGGCACCAGCGAGUUCACGCUGGAGAGAGACCAUUCACCUGCUCAGACUGUGGGAAGGGAUUCACUCAGGCAUCUCACCUACUGACACAUCAGUCAGUUCACACUGCAGAGAGGGAUUUCUCCUGCUCAGACCGUGGGUAGGGAUUCACUCAGUCAUCUUAUCUCCUGACACACCAGUCAGUUCACACUGGGGAGAACGUAUGAUGAGGAGAAGGGAAUCAGCAGUGGGUCGUGGCAAUGAAUGACAGAGUAGAAACAUUUGGAAGCUGAUUGACAGAGAAAACCUUGCAGUUGUCUGACUGAUGACACAACCAAUACCUGUGGUGAGAUGCUCCACUGGUCGAGGAACAUGUGUGUGUUGGGAAUGGUUUUAAGUAUUGAGGAAGUUGUUCCUGCUUGUUUAUUCUCUAAUAUUA